AAACAUACUAACAUUAAUACUACAAGUAAAACAACAUAUGUUCUCCUCUCUCCAAAAUACCACAUUCUCUUUCUUCUUUCAAAAACCAACACACAAUUACACCUUCAUCAUCAACAAAUAAAUUUAUAUGUUAUAAAUCAUGAAAAUCAUCUUCUUCCUCCUACUUAUAUCACUAUUCAUCUCCCACUCAUCCUCCCACCGGAUCCUCCACCAACCCUUCUUUCCGGUCACCGACACACCACCACCGCCGCCCACCACCACACAACCACCAUCACUCCCCCCUUCCCCACAACCACAACCACAAUCACAACCCAAAUACCCUUUCUCCUCCCUAACACCACCCACCCCCACCCAACCUACCCACCACCACCACAACCACUUCUUCCCUUUCUUCACCACCCCACCCACCCCCACCACCACCACCAACCCCACCAUCCCCACUUUUCCGGCAAACAUCUCCUCCAUCACCCUCCCAUCACCAUCAUCAUCAUCCACCAAACAACAUGACUCCAAAAAACUUCUAUCACUAUCACUCACUCUCUCUCUUAUCUCCAUCCUUUUCAUUGCCACCAUAGCCACCACCCUCUUAUACCGCCGUACCCACCAUCACAAACCACCUUCCUCCGACAGCCUCCGCCUCUUUCCGGCCAACCUCCCCACCUCCGACAAACCACCACCACCCGGCCCACCACCCACCCUCCCCCCUAACUUCUCCACCCCAUCCACCGAGUUCCUUUAUCUUGGCACCCUUGUUAGCCCAUUACACGAUCCACCACCACCACCCAAACCACCCACCACCACCAACACCGUAACUUAUGCCACCAUGGGCUCGCCGGAGCUCCACCCUCUGCCACCAUUACCCCGCCAAGAUUUCAACAACCAAAACAAUGUUGAAGAGUGUUCUUUAACUGACUCCGAGGUGGAUGGUCAUGAGAACUUCUUCUCUCCGAGAGGGUCGCCGGUGGUGUUACAUACGGUGGCGCCACCCCCACCACCUCCGCCGGCGCCGGCGACGGCAGGUGGGUUUAUGGAAAGACAAAGAAAAGAAGAGGUUUUGAAGCCAAAGUUGAAAGCUUUGCAUUGGGAUAAAGUGAAGUCUAGUUCGGAGAAAGCUAUGGUGUGGGAUCAGUUGAAGUUUAGUACUUCUUUUCAGUUGAAUGAAGAAAAGAUAGAGACAUUGUUCAGGGCUAAAUCAUCAUCAACGGUGGCACCAAAUCAUAGCACCAAUGAACCGGUGGUUCGACCCAUGGCUGCAGAGAUGACCCAAAGGACUAGGGUCCUUGACCCUCACAAGUCCAGGAACAUAGCUAUACUUUUAAGGGCGUUUAACUUGACCAUUGAUGAAGUGUGUGAGUGUAUUCUUCAAGGCAAUGUUGAUAGUUUAGGUUCAGAGCUAUUGGGGAGCUUGUUAAAAAUGGCGCCAACCAUGGAGGAAGAAGCGGGACUGAAAGAGAUGAAUGGUGCGUUGUUUGAUCCUGCUGAAAAGUUUCUGAAAGCGGUUAUUGAUAUUCCUUUUGCAUUCAAGAGGGUGGAUGCCAUGCUUUACAUAUCUAACUUUGAUAAUGAGGUUGACUACCUUAAAGGCUCUUUCGACAUGAUUAAGUCAGCUUGUCAACAACUUAGGAACAGCAGGAUGUUUAUAAAGCUUCUAGAAGCCGUGCUGGUAGCUGGAAACCGUCUAAAUACAGGAACAAACCGUGGGGAUGCUCAAGCCUUUAGGUUGGAUACACUCCUCAAGCUCAUAGACGUGAAGGGUAUUGAUGGGAAAACGACACUUUUGCACUUUGUUGUACAAGAAAUCGCAAGAACAGAAGGCCGUGUUUCACAGGUCAACCAGCAAUCUGAACUCUGUGACGAGGUCGAGUCCACAAAACGCGGUCUUGAAGUGGUUUCAAGCCUAAGUGGAGAGCUAUCAAGUGUUAAGAAAGCUGCAACUAUGGACAUUGAUAUGCUUUCGAAGGAAGCAGAAAGGUUAGCAACCGGAUUAACCAAAAUCAACGAAAUGGUCGCGUUAAAUGAACGAUGUGGAUCGAAUAAAAGAUUCUCGGACUCCAUGAAUAUGUUCUUGAAGAAAGCGGGAGAUGAUAUAAUUCAGAUUGAAGGUGAAGAACGAGUGGCGGUUUCAAUGGUGAAAGAAACCACUGAAUACUUUCAUGGGAGUUCGACUAUAGAAGAAAGUCAACCGUUGUGGAUAUUCAUGGUGGUCCGGGACUUUUUGUUGGUUCUUGAUCGGGUGUCCAAGGAUGUCGGAAAGAGCAAUGAGCGAACCACCGUUGGAAGUCGGAGUCUUCCGUCUGUUUUUCCUAGGUUCAAUGGACCGCUGGACUUUAGCUCGUUUGACGGCUAAGAUGCUUGACCAUUUGUAUAACGUUUAUGUAGAACUCAAGCCUGUUUCGACCCCCCCAAAAGUAACUAGAAAACCAACACUUUAUUUCACUUUUGACGGGUUAAAUCCAUUUGCUAGUUAUCAACCCGCUUGGUCACUCGUUUUUGGGUAUGACCGCACAAAAAUUGCCAUUUAAA